UUAGAACAGAUCCAGAAGCACACGUGGUACAUAGGGGGGAAGAACGAACCAGAGCCAGAGCAGCCCGUGCCCAGGAAGGUGACGAUCCGCAGCCUGCCCUCCGCAGACGAUAUCGACCCCGACGUACUGGACAGCAUGCACUCCCUGGGCUGCUUCAGGGACAAAAACAAACUACUGAAAGACCUGCUGUCAGAAGACGACAACCAAGAAAAGAUGAUCUACUUCCUGUUAUUGGACCGCAAGGAGAGAUAUCCCAGCCAGGAGGACCAGAACCUCCCCCCUCGUAAUGAGAUCGAUCCUCCACGGAAGCGGGUCGACUCUCCCAUGUUGAACCGUCACGGGAAGAGGAGACCGGAGAGGAAGUCCAUGGAGGUCCUCAGUGUUACAGAUGGAGGCUCGCCUGUGCCGGCCAGGAGGGCCAUCGACAUGACGCAGCACGGCCAACGGUCGCGGUCUAUUAGCGGAGCCUCCUCUGGCCUCUCCACCAGCCCCCUCAGCAGCCCACGG